CGUUACUUCAAUGCAGCUUGCAGUGGGAGCAGAGAAGCGCGGGACGCUCAUUGUCCUGGAGGGUCUGGACAGAAGCGGGAAGAGCUCUCAGUGUCACUGGCUGGUUGAGUUUUUGAAGGUGAAGGCGGAGGCUUGGCGGUUUCGGACAACGGCCAUCGGUAGCUCGAUUUCGGCUUCCUUGGGGGCUGAGCUUGAUGAUCGUGCUGUUCAUCUUUUGUUUUCAGCAAACGGCUGCGAGAAGAGGUGUCAGAUGGAAAUGAAAUUGAUGGCUGGAAUAACGUUGGUAGUAGAUCGAUAUUCGUACUCAGGAGUGGCUUUCUCUGCUGCGAAGGGACUGGAUCUUGAGUGGUGCAAGGCUCUCGGGGUUGGACUUCCUGCUGCAGACCUGGUCCGCCAGAGGAAGCUGCUGUGCGCGGUGGAUAUGGAGAUGAGCAGCUGGAUUUUCAGAAAAAAGUUGCCUUACAGUACAAAGGUCUGCAGGGUAAAAGACGGAGACUUUUCUUUUGUCGUCAAGUUUGUGGACGCAAGGCAAUCUUUUGACCAAGUUCACGAGCUGAUGAGAGAAACGUGUGUGAAAACUUUUAGCAUGUGCCUCAAUGGGUAG